AGCUUGAGAAACUGCAAGUCGCUUCUGGUGUGAGAGAAUUGGCCGUCUGCAAGGACGUUGCCCAGGGGAUGCCCGGAUGUUUUGAAUGUUUUAUCAUCCUUGUGGGAGGAUUCUCUCAUGUGCCCACAUAAGGAGCUGGAGCUGAUAGAGGGAGCUCAUCCACGCUCUCCCCGGAUUCAAACCUGCGACCUGUCGGUCUUCAGUCCUGCCAGCAUAGGAGUUUAACCCACUGCGCCACCGGAGGCUCCUGCAUCAAAGCUGAGAAAAUAAUAAUGGAAACCCAUGGCCUGACUUUCUGGAAAAGAGAUGGAUCCUCCUGCCAGGCUGACCAUGGAGAUAGCCUCUAGAUGUGAGAAAUUUACUUAAAUGUAUCAGAGGUGACUUGAGAACAUACAGCAAGGCGCUUUUGGUGUGAGAAAAUUCACCGUUGCCCAGAGGACACCUGGAUGUGUUAGCUGGGAGGCUUCUCUCAUGUCCUCGCAAGCUAGAGCUGACAGAUGGGAGCUCACUCCAUCUCACGGAUUCGAACUGGCAGCCUUCAGGUCAGCAGUUCCACUGGCACAACAGUUUAACCCAUUGCACCACUGCAGCUCCAUGUGAGAGAUUGUUUCUUGUUUGUGUCCCUCCUUUCUGAGAGACAGGGAACCUCCAACAUGUGGCUUUGAUUGCCCCAAACUUCCAAGAAGCCCCUGGAUUUCUCACUAGAGUUCCCAGAUGGUGGAUGGGAUUGCACUUUACAAAGCUGACUGGCGAUAGGAGGAAUAUCCAGUGCCAAAGAACUAGAUAAUGGGGAGGCCCUUUGCUCCUGCACUAACCGCCUGAUCCCCUUGCCAAGUGGGUGAGGAUGGGAGGAAGCAUCUGCCUCCGAUGAGAGCCCUCCUCCUCCCCACUUGGCUGCCCUGAGACCCCUCGCCAUGGAGCUGUCAGAGGUGCGCUGCUUGAGUGACAGCGAUGAGUUGUACACCAUCAACCAGACCCCUCCUGACAGCGGUGCACGCUCCCAGCGCCUGCUGUGGCAGACCGCUCUGCGCCAUAUCACCGAGCAGCGCUUCAUCCAAGAGCACAGCAGCGACAGCAGCAAAGCGCUGGCCUCGGAGGAAUCCUGUGGUUCCAACCACUCUCACCCUUCCCGGCAUCAGUCAGGAGGCAAGACCCUCAGCGGCCACAACAAUGGGGGCACCAAGGUCUUCCCGGAGCGCACCAGCAGCAGUGGCGACUUAGGCUUCCUGCACGUGGACUGUGCUCCCAGCAACUCGGACUUCUUCCUCAACUGGGGCUACACUUACCGGGGAGUGAUCUUCCCAACCUUGCGCAACUCCUUCAAAUCCCGGGACUUGGAGCGCCUCUACCAGCGGUACUUCCUGGGCCAGAGGCGCAAGUCAGAGGUGGUGGUGAACAUCUUGGACAUACUCACCAAGCUGACUCUCCUGCUGCUCCACCUCACCUUGGCCUCAGCCCCCAUGGACCCCCUCAAGGGCAUUCUGCUGGGCUUCUUCACGGGCAUCGAAGUGGUCAUCUGUGCCUUAGUGGUGGUCAGGAAGGACACAACCUCUUACACCUACCUGCAGUACAGUGGGGUGGUCACUUGGGUGGCCAUGGCGACACAGAUUUUGGCUGCUGGCCUAGGUUGUGGGCUGCUCGGCGAUGGCAUUGGCUAUGUGCUCUUCACCCUCUUUGUCACCUACAGCAUGCUGCCUCUGCCCCUCACCUGGGCCAUCCUGGCUGGCUUAGUCACAUCCUUCUUGCAACUUGUCAUGCAGAUAAUCAUACCCAGGCAGAUGGUGACUUCCAUUAACCAGACAGCAGCUCAAGCAGUUUUAUUUAUGUGCAUGAAUACUGCUGGGAUCUUCAUUAGCUACCUAUCAGACCGAGCACAACGCCAAGCCUUCCUAGAGACCAGAAGAUGUGUAGAAGCUAGACUGAGGCUAGAAACAGAAAACCAGAGGCAGGAGAGGCUGGUUUUAUCUGUAUUACCCCGAUUUGUAGUGCUUGAAAUGAUUAACGACAUGACCAAUGUGGAGGAUGAACAUUUGCAGCAUCAGUUUCACAAGAUCUAUAUUCACCGCUAUGAAAAUGUCAGCAUUCUUUUUGCAGAUGUAAAAGGAUUCACAAACCUCUCUACAACACUAUCAGCCCAGGAGUUGGUCCGAAUGCUAAAUGAACUCUUUGCCAGAUUUGAUCGCUUAGCACAUGAACAUCACUGCCUUAGAAUUAAGAUCCUUGGAGACUGCUACUACUGUGUAUCUGGGCUUCCCGAGCCUCGGCAGGACCACGCUCAUUGUUGCGUUGAAAUGGGACUCAGCAUGAUCAAAACAAUCAGGUUUGUAAGGUCAAGGACAAAGCACGAUGUUGAUAUGAGAAUUGGAAUACACUCUGGAUCAGUGCUCUGUGGUGUGUUGGGUCUCCGGAAGUGGCAGUUUGAUGUCUGGUCCUGGGAUGUAGACAUUGCAAACAAACUUGAAUCAGGUGGAAUCCCUGGGAGAAUCCACAUAUCAAAGGCCACUUUAGAUUGCUUGAAUGGAGAUUAUAAAGUUGAAGAAGGGCACGGCAAGGAACGCAAUGAGUUCUUGAGGAAGCACAACAUCGAGACCUACUUGAUCAAACAGCCAGAGGAGAGUUUGUUGAUGCUGCCAGAAGACAUUGUCAAAGAGGCAGUCACAGCUUCAGACAGAAGAAACAGUGGGGCAACGUUCACUGAAGGAUCUUGGAGCCCUGAACUUCCCUUCGAUAACAUAGUGGGGAUACAGCACACUCUGGCUGCCCUAACAAGAAAUUCAAUAAAUCUGCUUCCAAACCAUCUUGCGCAAGCUUUGCAUGUCCAGUCUGGGCCUGAGGAAAUUAACAAGCGAAUAGAGCACACCAUCGACUUGCGGAGUGGCGAUAAAUUGCGAAGAGAGCAUAUCAAGCCUUUCUCCCUGAUGUUUAAAGACUCUAGCCUGGAGCAUAAGUAUUCCCAAAUGCGGGAUGAAGUAUUCAAGUCGAACUUGGUGUGUGCAUUCAUGGUCCUUGUGUUUAUCACCGCCAUCCAAAGUUUGCUUCCUUCUUCAAGGAUGAUACCAAUGGUUGUACAGUUUUCAAUCCUAAUUAUGCUGCAUUCAGCUCUUCUAUUGAUAACCACAGCAGAGGAUUACAAAUGUUUGCCUCUUGUCCUCCGGAAAACUUGCUGCUGGAUUAAUGAGACCUACUUGGCCCGAAAUGUUAUCAUCUUUGCCUCAAUUAUGAUUAAUUUUCUGGGAGCUGUCAUCAAUAUUCUAUGGUGUGAUUUUCACAAUCAAGCACCCCUUAAGAAUCAGACUUUCAACUCUUCUGUAUAUCUUUCAGACAUUUGCUCCUACCCCGAGUAUUUUGUCUUCACUGGAAUUCUGGCAAUGGUGACCUGUGCCGUGUUCCUCCGCCUGAAUUCUGUCCUCAAGUUGGCGGUGCUGCUCAUCAUGAUUGCAAUCUACAGCUUCCUAACUGAGACUAUUUAUGCUUCCCUCUUUCUACGUUAUGAUGACAUCAAUCAUAAUGGAGACACAGACUUCCUGGGGACUAAGGAGGCCUCUCUGCUCCUUAUGGGCAUGUUUUUGCUAGCUGUCUUUUAUCAUGGCCAGCAGCUUGAAUACACAGCAAGGCUAGACUUCCUAUGGCGCGGCCAGGCCAAAGAAGAGAUCAAUGAAAUGAAGGAAUUAAGAGAGCACAAUGAGAACAUGCUACGCAAUAUCCUCCCAAGUCAUGUUGCCCGCCACUUCUUGGAGAAAGACCGAGACAAUGAAGAUCUGUAUUCUCAAUCCUACGAUGCCGUCGGCGUCAUGUUUGCUUCCAUCCCUGGCUUUGCUGACUUUUACUCCCAAACCGAAAUGAACAAUCAAGGUGUUGAGUGCCUGCGUCUGCUGAAUGAGAUCAUUGCCGACUUCGACGAGUUAUUAGAUGAAGAAAGAUUUCAAGACAUAGAAAAAAUUAAAACCAUUGGGAGCACAUACAUGGCUGUAUCGGGAUUAUCUCCUGAAAAACAGCAAUGUGAAGAUAAAUGGGGCCAUUUAUGUGCACUGGCCGAUUUCUCCAUUGCACUGAAUGAAAGCAUUCAAGAGAUCAAUAAGCAUUCCUUUAACAACUUUGAGCUCCGCAUUGGCAUUAGCCAUGGCUCUGUCGUCGCAGGCGUUAUUGGUGCUAAGAAACCCCAGUAUGACAUCUGGGGCAAAACGGUGAACUUAGCUAGCCGAAUGGACAGCACUGGCAUCAGCGGCAGAAUGCAAGUGCCUGAGGAAACCUAUCUCAUCCUGAAGGACAAGGGGUUUGCCUUCGAUUACAGGGGUGAGAUCUACGUCAAGGGCAUCAGUGAGCAAGAAGGAAAAAUCAAAACAUAUCUUCUUCUGGGAAGAGUCCAGCCAAACCCUUUAAUCUUGCAGCCGAGGAAACUGACGGGGCAGUACUCCUUAGCGGCUGUCGUCUUAGGGCUUGUGCAAUCUCUCAACAGGCAAAAACAGAAGCAAAUCCUCAAUGAGAACAAUAAUUCUGGUAUCAUAAAAGGUCACUACAACCGGCGGACUUUGCUAACCUCCGGGGGAUCGGAAUCGACAACCCAAGCAGAGGGUGCUGACAAAACUGAAUUGCCAUAAGCCUGCAUCUUCCUUUGUGUUUUUUUCUCCUUUUUUAAACUUUCUUUUUAUAUAUAAAAUAAAUAUAUAAAUAAAAAUAUCGUUCAAUUUUUAUAGAA